AUGAAUGUUAUUAGGAAGCAUCUGAGCAUGAUAAAUAAAAAUGCUUUUUAGAAAUCCAUGAUUAAGAUAACGUGGAGCGAUGACAUUAAAUUAGCUAAAGAUAAGCAUUAUUAAUUAGUUAUUAAUACUUUGUUGGGACUUAACGAUAAAACAAGCUUUGAAGAGGGUGUGAAAAUCAUUCUAGAAUACUAUUAGCAAGUUGAUGUUAAGCAUUGGAUGAAAAGUUUAAAAAUAUUAAUGCUGAUUCACUAUAUUGAAAACAAUGUUCCAUAAAUAAUAUAGCUAAAAAUAUCAUAAUAUAUUCAAGAUCCAUCUGCUUUUGAAAAGUAGUAAGCUCAUGCUUAUGAGAUGAAUAUGCAAAGAAAUGGAAUUAAAAAAAGUAGUGAUAAUGCAGAUUAUUUAGCUGCUAUAAAAAUAAACUCACCUCCAACUUUGCCAACAAAAAGCUCUCAAAAGAGUAACCAACUAAAACCUCCUACUUCUAGCAGCUGUUAAUAAAUUGAUGUAGUCCACUAAAUCAUAGUUUAGAAGUACUAUUCGUAUCUGAUUACUCUUAAUCAGAAAUUGGAAUGCAUUAGCUAUUUGAAUGAAAAAGAAAUUAAUUCUUGUAGCUCUUUUAUAUAAGAAUGGUAAAGGAUAAAAAGUCUUUUAGUUUUAUUUUCUAUUGUAUAGAAUUUUACAUGGGAACUAGAAGUAUCUCUCACUAACUUCAAAAAAGUUACUGUCGUUUAAAAAAUAGCUUGCUUGCUUUCUAACAACCUUUCGCUAAUUUACUCGAUGUUGAAAAAUAUAGUUUAAUCUGUGCAGUCUGAUUACUUAUAAUUUGAAAACACAUAAGAUUUUGUUAGGUUUUUCACUUUUUACUCUGAAUUCAUUGUAAUAACGAAAAAUAUUUCUAAAUUUAAUUUACUUAAAAUUUAAAUAUCUUAACUAUUUGCCAGCGAAUUUAAAUCAAUAGAGCUCUAUGUCAUCAAUAAAGAACUCAAUAGAGAAAUAGAACUUUAUAAUCUCAAUGUGAAGUCAUUAAGGAGGUCAAAGCCUGGAAUUACAGAUAGCAUGAGUUUGGGUGUUUCUACUUAAAUUGGUGAUUUUAAUAUUAAAGCAAAUAAAGAAUUUAAUCGCACAAAAACAACUGAAAUGUGCUUUACAAAAAAGACUCAAGCUGAUGAUGACAAUAGUAUAUUUGGAGAUAAUCCUUACAUGCUCUAGAAUGCCGAUAAAUCAAAAUAAGAUAAAAACAUAGAUAAUUUAGAAUCUAAUCUUCAUAAUAAUAGAGUUAAAAUUUAAAAUGAUUAAAAUAAUGAUUAUGCAAUCGAUUUUAACUAAAAUUAAAAGAAAGAAAUAAAAGAAGCUGAUACAAAAAAUAAUAAAUCUAUCAAGACAAGUAAAGAAGUAGUCUCUGAUUUUAAAUUUAUAAAAUUAGAUUAUAAAGAUACAACUUAAAAUGAUGUUGAUUAGCUCAAAAAGAAAACUUCGGCUGAAUAAAACAGCUAAAAUGAUUUAGAAAAACUAAGUUUGCACACUUCUAAUUCAAAAAAAUAACUUUCUACACCAGUUUACUACAAUGAAAUUUAGGAUUUCAAGGUUCAGAGCAAAUAGUUUUAUGAUGUAAAAAAUAAUCCUUUGAGCUUUUUGAGAAAUAAUCAACCUGAUUAGAAUAAGUAAGUAAAUAUACUCGGAUUAGAUGAAGAUGAUGAACAAGACCUCAUCCAACUCAAAAAAGUCAAAAACGAAUGCUUCUCCUAGUAAAAUGACGAAUACCAAAAUGAAUAAAUAUAAGAAAUUGAGAGCUCUAAAAAUUUUAAUUCAGACAAUAAAUCGAAUCAAAGUGAAGGAACUUAUAGUCUGUCUAACUAAUCAGAAAAAAAUGGAUUAAAUUUUAACAAGGAGAAUUAGCAAAAUAAUUUGUAAAUUUAAUGA